AUGCGAAAAACAAAGCUCAUGCUUGAGCGCAUGAGAAGCAAAGGCUUCAAUAGCAAGGCCUCCUCGCGAUGCCGCACAGGAAGUUUUGCUGGCGUUUUUUUUUUGAAAGUAUGCUCCAUCUGGAUGGAAGGCGAUCCAAAGCGGCAGCCAAAGUCCAUCGUGGUCGCAAGAGCUCAAAAUCGAAGAAUUUACUUUAUUGAGUACAACAGAUACAAUUUGUUGUUUUUCACUUUUCACUAUACGCUGUAUACCUCCGAGACAAAGUUUCUAAUUUUCGAGUCGUGGCAAAAAAUAAGAACCAGGCAAUGCAGUUUUCGAAUCAUUUCCAGCUUUCUUCAUCAGAUGUAAAAUACUACAAUAAGGACCACGGGAAAUUGGCAGCCACACGGCCACGGCUGUGUCCUGUCCGGCGGCAGUUUUUCUAUAUUUCCGGUCGUUAGUAGAGAUCUUCAAGAACGCGGCAUGUUUCUCAUGUACAAUUCUAUUCCCAUGAUUUUGAUUAUUCCGAUAUUUGGUGAUAAAGUGCGAUGCUGAAUACUCAAAUAAGGAUCUUAUUAGAACUACGAGGGCGGCGCAGCGCGGUCGGCAAGGAAUAUAAAGUUGCUCGCGCAAGAGGGCCUUCUUGGCCGCCACAGGGGUUGAGUUUUUUAAAAAUGAACAAUGGUAGUAUGGACUUUAUUUCUAAGUACAAAAUUACGCUAUUCCAACCAGUUUGUACAAGUAAAGUUGCGAGGAAGAAAUAGAUUAAAAAGGAACAGGAGAUGAAUUAUGCCAGUGUCCUCCGCCGGGAAAAAAGCGGAGGGGCACGAGUUCUUGACCCAUCAUGUCCUUUGCUUUUCCG